AACCCCUCAGGGCAGGAAAUGCACUGGGGGGACGGUGUGUUGUUGUGUUGUGUCGGUCCGCCAAGGGUCACCCGACACCUCCAUGCGCCAGGAAGAGUCGCAGCAAGAAGACUUGUCCAAAAGUUCGGGAUAUAUCUGCAUGUGAGAUCUCGCUCGUUUUCGCCGGGACGGGAUUUUCGAAGCCGUCCGAGCACUAUGCGCCGUGCACAGGCGUGGCAGCCCUCCCAAAAAAUCCCACAGGUGGAACCGGGGCCUGGCCAUCCUGCAGUGCCUCAACCUGCAGCACAUGCUCGUCCCAUUGGCGUAGCGUGAAACCGCGCCCCAUGCCUCUUGCACCGGCAAAACCCAACCCAGCCGAAAUCAGAAGCCGCAGCAGCCGGGUGAAAGAUGACAGCCAGCAGCCGUCUCCCCGGGAGUCCGAAAGACUUGUCGUACCUCCAGCAGUGGUUGGAAGCUUUUGUGGCCAAUUUUGAGAAGAUCAUUGCCGUCCAUUCUCUGGAACCGAGAAGGCCCGAAGACUCCAUAUCCGAAAUUCCACUCUUACCUCUGAACGUCUUGCAAGUGUUAACCCAACAGUUGACGUCUUCAGUCUCCCAAAUUUCACGCGACGAGGUAGCCGAACCCGGCUUGAAACAAGCUCUCCUGCUCACCAAGUUCUUCAUCAUUAUUUGCAGGAAUCUGGAAAACGUCCAGGCUGACCGUCCACCCCUGUUUGUCCACGAUCUGAUCGUUCUGCUGUCCACCUGUUCGAAAAAGCUCAACAGCUUCCACACAGAGGCCUGGCCCCACCAGGGCCAACUGGAGAAUGUCACCCUCUACGCCCUGCACCUAUGCGAGUGUCUCUUCGACCCCUACCAGACCUGGCGGAGACAGCUGAGCGGGUGA